CAGCAAAACCUCUCGUCUCAUCUUUUUGGAACUUUUUAAAAGAUAAAAAUAGAAAAUUUAAUAUCCAAAAAACUCGAUUCCUUGAUUCGUGGGAAAAGUUUAGAUUUUUAUUUUUGUUGGAUUGUGAAUUUGGUUCGGUGAUUGUAUGAACUUGAGCCGUUUUGUGUCAAGACUAAGAAUGGCAGAAGAAAUCUCAAAGAAGACUGCUUCGGUGGCUGAUUCAUCUUCUGCUGCUGCUACGGCGGCUGCGAGAUCAAGAUGGAAAAUUUUGUGGCCCAAUUCGCUCCGGUGGAUCCCUACCUCCACCGAUUACAUCAUCGCCGCCGAGAAGCGUCUUCUCUCUAUCCUCAAGACGCCUUAUGUGCAAGAACAAGUUAAUAUUGGUUCAGGACCACCAGGUUCCAAGAUCAGGUGGUUUAGGUCUACCAGCAAUGAGUCACGUUACAUCAAUACUGUUACCUUUGAUGCCAAGGAGGGUUCUCCCACUCUUGUUAUGGUUCAUGGUUAUGGUGCUUCUCAAGGCUUUUUCUUCAGAAAUUUCGAUGCUCUUGCCAGUCGAUUUAGGGUGAUUGCUAUUGAUCAACUUGGGUGGGGUGGAUCAAGUAGGCCUGAUUUUACUUGUAAAAGCACUGAAGAAACUGAGGCAUGGUUUAUCGACUCCUUAGAGGAAUGGCGUAAAGCCCAGAAUCUCAGUAACUUUAUUCUAUUAGGACAUUCCUUUGGAGGUUAUGUUGCUGCUAAAUAUGCGCUUAAGCAUCCUGAGCAUGUUCAACACUUAGUUCUGGUGGGAUCUGCUGGGUUCUCAGCAGAAGCAGAUGCAUCGGAAAGGCUCACUAAAUUUAGAGCAACAUGGAAAGGCGCCCUACUAAAUCAUUUGUGGGAGUCGAAUUUCACUCCUCAGAAGCUGAUUAGAGGAUUAGGUCCUUGGGGUCCAGGUCUUGUAAAUCGGUAUACAACUGCAAGAUUUGGUGCACAUUCGGAGGGAACUGUGCUAACAGAGGAGGAAGCCAAAUUGCUAACCGAUUAUGUGUACCAUACUUUGGCUGCAAAGGCUAGUGGAGAGUUGUGCUUGAAAUACAUCUUCUCAUUUGGAGCCUUUGCUCGGAAGCCCCUCCUACAAAGUGCAUCAGAGUGGAAAGUGCCAACAACUUUUAUAUAUGGAAUGAAUGAUUGGAUGAACUAUCAAGGUGCAGUGGAAGCGCGGAAAUACAUGAAGGUCCCUUGCGAAAUCAUUCGGGUUCCACAGGGUGGUCAUUUCGUGUUCAUAGACAACCCAAGUGGUUUUCAUUCUGCAGUGCUUUAUGCUUGCCGUAAGUUUAUAUCUCAAGACUCAUCUCAUGAUCAACAACUCCCAGAUGGUUUACGAUUGGUUUAGUUGUAGUAUGAUUAUUACAUAUGUAUACGUAUAUAUGAAAAAGAACAUCAAAAAGAAAUAUUCUUUUAUAUUUCCCUCUAUGGUUGUAUUUGGAGUGUUCUUGAUUUCUAUAUUUAAAACCUCACGAAUGUUCCAAAUGUGAUCUCAUUAUUGAGAUAUCGUAAUUGUAACCUUCCAUAAUCCAGAUUUUCUGUGUUUCAUCUA